AAUGAGAGUGGGGGCUCGCCUCUGGCUGCCAAGCCGUCCCGGGCACUGCAGGAAGCAACAUGACUUAGGUGGCUCUGCCCAGAGGUGCACCAGCCGUGAUGCAGCAGCCGCGAAUGGAGACAGAUGCCACUGGGGCCGGCGAGGGGCCACAGCCGGCAGUGCCCUGGUCGGCUUGGGUCACGUGGCAGGGCUGGGUGCACUGGUGCAUGUGCCGCAUGCCCCGGAGCUGGACUCAGUGGUGGACCACAUCGGGUUGGCGGCAACCAGUGCAGCGUGUGCUGUGGGGUCUAGAGGGAAUCCUCUACCUGCUGCUGGCCCUGAUGCUGUGCCACGCUCUCUUCACUACUGGUUCCCACCUGCUGAGCUCCUUGUGGCCUGUCGUGGCUGCAGCGUGGAGCCAUCUGCUGCCGGCUGUCCUGCUGCUAGUGCUCAGUGCCCUCCCCGCCCUGCUCUUCACCGCCUCCUUCCUGCUGCUGUUCUCCACGCUGCUGAGCCUCGUGGGCCUCCUCACCUCCAUGUCUCACUCAGGCUACGCUCAGGACUUGGACCAAUAGAAGGGCAACCCCA